AUGGAACACCCUCCCGACGAUGUAAACAACUGUGAUGAUCUUGAUUUGGUAGCUGUCAGCCAGGCGAAUGCGGCGAACCACAAGGAGUACGAAUUUGAACAGGACCUGGUUUACGGCAGAUCCGACUACGUUUUUAAUGAUUCAGAAGAUUCAGAGGAGGAGGAGGAGGAGGAUGGGCAGAACCCGAAUGAGCCACCCAUUUUAAAGGCAGCCCAGAGGGGCAACCUUACCCUGGUGGAGGAACUGCUGCGUCACGAUCCAAGCUGCGUCAAUGUGGCCGAUGACGACGGGUACACGCCCCUGCACCGGGCCGCGCAGAGUAACCGCAUUGAAGUGUUGAAGUGCCUGAUUGAAAAUGGAGCACAGAUUGACGCGAGGACAGUGGACGGUUGGCAGGCGAUUCACAGCGCUGCCCAGUGGGGCCACGUGCGGAUUCUCCUCAUUCUGGUGGCCAUGGGCGCCGACAUCAACGCCCGCACCAACGGCGGCAACAGUCCUUUUCACCUGGCCGUCACUCGGCCCACCAAUCGGCAGCUGAUUGAGUACAUGCUCUUUCUCGACGAGGUGGACCUUGAGGCGGUGAACGAUGCCAAUGACACUGCCUAUGACAUCUGCAAGCGCAACUCGCGCCUCUACAAGCUGUGGGAACUGCUGUAG